AUGUCAAGUAGUAACCCACAAGAAGAAGUUUACAAACAAUAUUUAAACUAUGAUUGGGAUUCAUUUGAAGAUUUCCAACAAGGAUUAUCAGAGAUUUUACAAAAUUAUUUAAGUAAUUUACAAGAAAAUGAUCCAUCAAUAACAACAAUUCCAGCUUUAGAUAAACAACAAUUAAUUAACCAAGCUAAAGUAUUCUUCUUUUGUAAUCAUACUGGAAAUAUUCUUAAUCUUGAAGAUUAUGAAGACUGGAAAUUACAUAAUGAAGAUAAGUUUAAGAAAAUUACUGAGGUGAAGGAUGUAGAGAUGGAAGAAACACAACCAGAAAGCACAUCGCAAAGUAAUAAUCCUCCAUAUUCUUCCAACUAUCAACAGUUGGUUGAGUUGAUUAUGUCGGGGAAACCCGUGCCUGGAAUCAAAGAGAUCCCGGAUACUGUCUUGACCGACCAAGGGUCAAGUGCAACUGCACCACAAAGAGUUAAACCUUGGGAGAAGAACAAAAUUCCUUCAGAAGAGGACAAUUCUAUAUAA